GGCGGCUUCCAUGUUGCCCUUCUCGGGCGCCGAGUGCCUAUCCUCGAAGGGGUUGCCAAAGAGGUGCAAGCUGUUGGCGGCACAGCAACCUGCAUCCAAUGCGAUGUGGAGGACAAUGCUAGCGUGAAGGGCGCCUUCGAUUCGGCGAAAUCGCUCGGCACAGUGGAAGUAGUGAUCUACAACGUGGCACCCCCUUUCCCUCCCGGCUGCGACUUCACUAACCUACCUAUGGCCGAGGCCGUAGACCCGGAAUACUUCACGAAAGCUUUCAACAUUGGCGUCAGUGGAUGU